CGAAACGGUAGCUCGUGCUGUCCAGUGCCCGUUGCUCAAGUGUACAAAUUGUUAAAAUCAAAUAAGUGAGUUUAAAAUCACAUAUUUAAAUAAGAUGCCCUAUAAUUUCAAAAUGAGCAUAACGAAGACGUUCGAAAGGAAGGAAAUUUUGCAAGCGAUUCUAAUCGCCGACGCGCACAAUGACAAUCUUCAACCGUUUACGAACACAAAACCAUUGGCAUUGCUUCCGAUUGCGAAUGUGCCACUGAUUAACUAUGCUCUCGAAACCCUCAACCGCAAUGGAGUCGAGGAAGUGUUUGUGUACUGCAGCUACCAUACCGAUCAGGUGAAACGCUACAUACAUCUGCGCCAGGUCACCCGUUGCACGUGGUCAAUCAAUAUGAAGGUGUCGAUCGUUAGUUCGGGCCCGUGCCGUAGCAUCGGCGAGGCAUUACGUGACCUGGACGCCCGGAACACGAUCCGUGGCAAUGUAUUACUGCUCGGAGUGGACAGCGUGACGAAUGCGAACCUUGCCGCCUUACUCGAGGAGCACAAGCGGCUAACGAAGUUCGAUCGCGGUGCUGUUAUGACGGUGGUCUAUAAGGAUGGUUUGCGAAGGAUGCGUACCGGAAAUGAGGUGAUGAUAGCGAUGGAACCAACGACAAGCCGCCUCCUGUAUCACCAACGACUAGCGCAUCAGGACAAGGAACGCAAGCUCCACGUCCCACUGGACGUUUUUCUCGCCAAUCGCAAUGUGGCCGUGUGCCACGGUUUGCUUGAUCCUCAGAUUGCUGUGUGCAGUCCUGCUGCGCUACCACUGUUUGCGGACAACUUUGACUUUCUGUCGCGUGAUGAUUUCUUACGCGGGGUGUUGAUUAAUGAAGACAUUCUAAACAGUCGGAUUUAUGUGGCGAAGCUAGGGAGGGAAGAGUACGCGAUGAGGGUUAACAAUUGGCAGAGCUAUCAUCUGGUUAGCUUGGAUGUGAUCAAUCGGUGGCUGUAUCCGAUGGUGCCCGAUAUGGUGAUUGGUGAGUUCCGGCUGCAGUACAAGCACUUCCGUAACAACAUCUACCGUCAUUGGAACGUUCGUUUGAGUAGAUCGUGUCAGCUCGAUGGUGAUCUGGUGUUGGGCGAGGAGAGUGAAAUCUCUGAUGGUGCGUAUCUUCAGCGAUCGGUUGUUGGUCGUGGUUGUCGAAUCGGGCGGAACUGCCGGAUUGUGAAUAGUUUCCUGAUGGAUGGAGCUAUUGUAGAGGAUGAUGCAGAGCUAAGCCACUGUGUGCUGGGUCAGGACGUAAAGGUGGGUAACGGGUGUAUCAUCAGUCCGGGUACGGUGUUGGGCGAAGGUGUGCAGAUACCGGACCAGAUGGUUGUACCUAGAUCGCUUCUGCUACAAGCGAAUGAACCACCAGCGGGUGACUGGAGCGCUCCUGCACAGAAGAUAGCUGAUCGGGCUUAUAUACUACCAGUGGCUCAAGAAGAUGACAGUAAUUCAGACGAAGAGAACGAUGGACUGGGACAGCCAGCAUUGAGCCAACCGAUCGUGAUUGCUCCACUUCCUUUACGCUACUCAGCCUCCUUGUACGAAACAUCUGAUGAAGAAAGCGACGGCUGCUCAGUAUCUCCAGCACCCAACGAUGAAAACAUUUUCCUGUCCGAGGUAAUAGAAACGCUCGAGCAUGGUCUCUCCAACCGUACCGAUCAAGAGUAUCUGAUACUGGAAAUAAAUUCAUCCCGGUACGCCUACAAUAUGGCGCUGGAUGGGGUAAACUAUUGCGUGGUAAAGGCUAUACUACAGAUCAUGUUACAGCAGGAUGGAGUCGGUAAGAACACGGUUGGUACGUUACGCCAACUACUCACUUACUUCGGUACAGUCUUUCGACACUACGUACGCGAUCGAGACGCUAUGUUGAAUUGUCUGAAGGCUUUCGAGGAUAUGUGCCUGGCGAGUGAGACGCUGCGAACAAGAAUCGUUCCACUGGUGCACUAUCUGUACGAGGAGGACAUGAUCGAUGAGGAGGUUAUUAUUGAGUGGCACAAAGGGUUAGGAGAUAAUGCGAUAAAAGCGCCGCUGUCAAAGUUGGUACAGUGGCUGCAAGAGUCUAGUGAGGAGGAUGAAGAGGAGAACGAUGAGGCUUAACAUCCGGAUUAUUGUUGGUCUCGGGGAAGAAAGGGGGAAUUUUCUAACCGGAAGUUAAUUAUUUCGAAAAUAUUUGCGGGAGUAAAGUGUAUACAUUGGCGGAUCAAGAUCUUUGGAGGCCCGAGCGGAAGGGCAGUUACAAGACUUCCAUAACCGACAAGGGCCCCGAGCGGUCGCUCGUUCUGGUCCUAGGUUGAUCCGCCACUGACUGUAUACCAACUAUUUCGAUUCAAUCAAUUCAUUUUCAUCAUUUAUUCAAAUUCAAACUGUACUAACUUUUAGCUCCCACAUGCAAUUUUACUUAAACUAAUAUGAUGCUAAUUAAUACAAAUUGAGUAACAAAUACAUGCAGUGCCUCUAUUUGACGGGAAACCGGACAUCUUAAUCGAGCAUUUGAUCUUCUUCUUCUUCUUCUUCUUUGGCACUACAACCUCGAGAGGUCUCGGUCUACCAUUUCUGGCUUUCUGUGACUUAAUUUUACCCGUAGAAAAGUAGUCAACCUUAAGUACGGGGAGGCGGGUCUGGAUGGGAUUUGAACCCCGGCCCUGCCUUGGCAGCAUUUGAUCAACUUUGAAAAAACUCAGACAUUUCUAAUUAAAAUUUCAUUUCUCUACUCCUACAUCUCACAUUUCCUAUUCUCCCUUUCUUAAUACCCAGGAGAUAGCAAUACGGCCAGGCCGUUCCUUGUGAAUAAAAAAAAAAAAAUACUCAGGAGAUAUUAUGUUUCUCAGAACUUAAUUCCAUUUUGCUAUAAAUAAACAUACAUGUAGAAGUUGGCGUAAGUGAUGAGAGCAUACUAAGGAUUAACCGUUGUGAAUGUAUGAUAUGUGUCUGUGCCUAACGAUAGGCAACGUGUUAACAUGAAUUUAGAUUGAAUUAGAUAGGCAGAUUGAACUCGAUUAGUGUGAAAUAAACGGUCAUGCACCAGUAUCAACAACGUAAGAAUAAAUUACAUAAAUAAAUAGUCUAAGUCAACUCAUCGAACUGUAAGCACGUUACUGAGCUAGAGAAACAAUAUGAGAGGCAAUAAUAAGUAAAACAGUCAGUCUAUUGCUAGAAAAACUUUCGACGAGCAAACGAAGCGUCUCAUGUUCUACUAAACAAAAGAAAAAUCAGUAAAUUCAUGACGAACAUCAUUCUCAUUGCUACGCUCUCCAAUGUUUUUCCAUUUGAUGUUCAACACGUGUCAAAUUUAUGAGUGCGAUUCAUACUAGCGCCAUCUGUUGACAAAUUACUCAACUUUUCAUAAUUAAAUCAUCCCAUGGUUUUGUAGCUAAAAAUAAGACAAAAAUCACCCCGAAAUAAAAAAAAAAACUUUUUAUCACUUC